CUAAACUUCACUACAACGAACUGCUGAGACAACAACGAGCGCCCGAUUUCACGCUCCUCGAACAUACUCGAUCCAGAUCCUUUCUUCAGACAGAGCCAAAGGAAGCCGCUCAGCUGCCAAUUCCUGGUUCAUCCAAGCUACGAACAACUACGUCUCAUUGACCGACUUACCAUACGCACCUACCUGAGAGGUCUCGUGCAAAAGCACAGUCGAGAAGAUGAAGAUUCUUACAAAGGAAGAAGAACAAGCCCACUACGAUGCUACCGUUAAGGGAGGCUCAAUCGGCGGUCUCGUCGGUCUCAUUGUCGGCGGAGCCGCCGUCUACGCUGCCAACCAACGCUUCCACACGAUCCGCAACCUCACCGUGCCCAUGAAGUCCUUCCUCGUCUCUUCGUCCGCAACCUUCGCGGCCAUUAUUUCUGCGGACCGCGCGUCGCGUGGCUUCGAGGCCUCGCGAGAGCCCUCCCGGGGCUACCUUGACAGCGCUACCAGAGAGCUCGAGCAGGCCCGGAAAUCCGAGUCAACUAUGCAGCGCCUCAAGGACUGGGGCCGCGAGAACCGCUACCCCAUCGUGGCGGCGUCGUGGGUGGCGUCCAUGGGUAUCGCGCUGGGCAUGGUGGGACGCAACCCGUACCUGACGCGUGCGCAGAAGCUGGUGCAGGCGCGUGUGUACGCGCAGGGCCUGACAGUCGCGGUGCUGAUUGCAUCGGCCGCCUUCGAGAUGGGCGAUGCGAGUAAGGGCAAGGGCCGCUGGGAGACAGUCAAGAUCAUCGACCCGAAUGACCCAGAGCACAAGCACUUGAUUGAGAAGCGCAUCCAUCACGAGGCGUACCAGGGUGAGGAUUUGUGGCGUGACAUGGUCGCAGCAGAAGAGCGCCGCUUGGCCGCCAAGGCCGAAGAAGCCAAGGCCGGCGAGUCUGGCAAAUCUUCAGAGCCCAAGAAGAACUAAACUUCUUCGCACCCAAAGCUC